AUGAGGGAUGAUUUAGACCCAGAUUAUAGUGAUAGUGCUAAUAGUAAAUUAAAUAAACAUCUCUGGAAAAGUGUUCAAAGGAAAUCUAACCUCAAUAAAGGACUAGCGUAUACAUCUAAAUCUGGAAAAAAUAUGCCUGCAAGGCGGGGUUAUGAAUGUGAAACGGACGUCUGCAAUGCGUGUGACAGAUUCAAGAAUCAAAUAGAUGCGGCGGAAAAUCCAGAAGAAAAAUCUCGGUUGAAUCAAGAACACUCUCUACAUCAAGCCAAAGCGCAGAAAUUUUACGACGACCUUAAGCGGUUCAGUGAACAAGCUAAAACGGACGAAAAAAUGGAUGUUAUUAGCUUUGACUAUCAACAAAAUUUGCCAGUACCUGUACUUCCAAUAGGUGAUAUUUUUUAUAAAAGGCAGCUUUGGGUUUAUAACCAGUGUUUUUACUUGGCAUAA